AUGACGGUUGGAUUGGAACAAACAAAUCUUUUCAAACCAAUUAAGAUUGGUAACCAUACACUAAAUCAAAGAAUCGUUUAUGCUCCAACAACACGAUUCCGUGCUGCAGAUGAUCAUACUCCAAGUGAUUUGAUGUUAAAAUACUAUUCUGAUAGAGCACAAGUUCCUGGUACUUUGCUCACUACAGAAGCCACAUUCAUUUCUCCUCGCGCUGGUUUAUACCCUAAUAUUCCCGGUAUCUGGAACGAUAAGCAUGUCCAAGGAUGGAAGAAAAUUACUGAUGCCGUACAUGCUAAGGGUAGUUUGAUGUCAUGCCAAUUGUGGUUUUUAGGACGAGUUGGAUCCCCAGAACUACUGAAAAAGCAUGGUUUGGACUUGAUAUCCCCUUCCGCUUUGUAUGAAAGCGAAGAUUCCAAAAAGGCUGCCGAAGCUGCAGGCAAUCCUGUAAGAGCAUUGACCGAAGAAGAGAUCAAGAGUAUUAUUUAUGAAGAUUACAAGAAUGCCGCCAUUAAUGCUCUGAACGCUGGAUUCGAUUUUGUUGAAGUUCACAGUGCUCAUGGAUAUUUGCUUGAUCAAUUCUUGCAGCCUUCUUCCAACCAAAGAACCGACAGCUAUGGUGGUUCCAUCGAAAAACGUGCUAAAGCUGUGUUAGAAAUUAUCCCUUGGGCCAAGUUUCAAGGAAUGAAGGCUGAAAAAGACGUGGUACACCCCGUCACCACUUUUAGUUAUGUUGUGAAUGAGCUUCAAAAGCGUGCUGAUGACGGUAAGCAGCUUGCUUAUCUUUCUCUCGUCGAACCCAGAGUUCAAGGAAACUUAGAUGUCAAUACCUCUGACAUUGUUGGUUCCAAUGACUUUGUCAAGGCUUUGUGGAAAGGUCCCAUUGUACAAAGUGGUAACUAUACCUAUGACAGUCCCGAGUUCAAGUUAUUGAAGGCUGAUGUCAAUAACGAUGACCGUACUAUGAUUGGUUUCUCAAGAUACUUUACAUCCAACCCAGAUUUGGUUGAAAGAUUGAAGAAAGGUCUUGAACUGACUCCUUAUGUUCGUGCUUUGUUCUACGCCUCCCAUAACUAUGGUUACAACACUUUCCCCAAUUACGGCGAGGAAUUGCAUUAUGAGCCAGCAGCAGAGGAAAAGAAACGCCCUGUCUCUCUAAUUUAA